AUGAUUGGACAGAAGAACGCUGAAACGAGUGUAUACGGCGAUGUUAGCCUUCUCUCUCAAGCAAAGGAGUUUGCACACGAGCAUCAAGUUAGCGUCAAAGUGGUGCUCCUUGCCGGCUGGGCUGUCAACUUUUCCCGCCAUCUGCAGAGCGAUGAUGUGGCCUUUUAUACCAACCUUCGGGAUUGCAGCUUUGACACAGAAUAUAUCGUUGGUCCUAUGGACGUGACCGCUCCUCUUCGAAUUCAACCUUUGGAGAACGAGUCCACACUCGAAGCUCUCUAUAGAUUGGAAAGCGAAAAGAGAACUGUUUCUCAAUCUUCCUAUGUGGGAGGAAGCGCCAUCAGGGAGUACAGCCAAAGCCAAGCCUCCCUGACGUCCAUGUUCACUGUUCGUGAAUCAGAGAUCCCCAUGCACAAAGUUGAGGCCCUCGAUGUUACCACAGAAACAACACUCAACUGGCCAACUGGCCAACUCUCCCUGGUCCAUGACUCGAGUUACUCAUCGGCCCGAGCCAAGAUCAUUUUGCAGCACUUCUGGGAAGUCCUCCAGCAGAUCAUCUCGAGUCCAUACGACCGAUUCAAGAGUUUGAGUCUCACGUCCGAGCAAGAGAAAAGCUCCCUGUUGAGCUUCAGGUCUUCCCGUGGAAACGUCUCCCCUCAGGUGGGGCAUAACCUGAUUGAGAAACAAACUCGUGAUAAUGGAGAUGCUCCAGCUCUACAGUUUCAACUUAGCGAAUUCAUGAGCUUUGCUAAGCUGAAUGCUGCUGCGAACCGUGUCGCUCAUCGUCUCACUGGGUUGAUGUCGACAGGGACCAUCGUUCCGGUUCACAUGGAUGUAUCCGUCCAGUUCGUGAUUGUUCUCCUGGCUAUUCUGAAGGCGGGAGGUGCCUAUGUGAUUCUUGAUCACUUCCAGCCACCAUCUCGCAAAGCAUACAUUCUCAACGAUGUCAAAGCACCAUUCUACAUGAAAAAUGGGGGCCCUAUCAAAGGGAUUGCAGAUGUGCUGGCUUACUCAAUUACGGAUCUCAUGCAUGGUUCCACCCCCGAUGCGGAAAUCGAUUUGGGCUUAUCUCUGGACCCUGAGCAGCCUGCAUAUAUCAUUUAUACCUCGGGGUCUACCGGUGUUCUCAAGGGCGUGGUCUUGAGUCACCGCGCGGCUUCCACUGGGAUCCUCUGUGCUCCAGAUAUAUCCAACAACCGCAGCCUGCUUUUCUACAAUCCCAUCUUCUCAGCAGCCCAGAGAACCAUUCUGUCUACUCUAGCCAAGGGUGGCUGUCUCUGCCUGGCAAGUUGA